UUUAUUCCCGGUGGCCGUGGAUUAUUUAUUGAUCGGUUAAUCUUCUGUAUUCCGGUGUUUCUGUUGUUCGAUAGCCGAUCUGGAGGUGUUCAGGAUGGUCGAAAGAUUCAUGUUGGUGACUGUGCUCUGUUCAAGCCCUCCCACAAUUCCCUUCCAUUUGUUGGAAUAAUUCGUAGAUUAAUAGUAGGAAAAGAGAACAAUUUAAGUCUGACUGUGAAUUGGCUUUACCGGCCUGCAGACGUAAAGCUUGAGAAAGGUGAUUCGCUGGAAGCAGCACCAAACGAGGUCUUCUACUCGUUUCACAAGGAUGAGAUACCUGCUGCAUCGUUACUCCAUCCGUGUAAAGUCACAUUCCUUCAUAAAGUUGUUGAACUUCCUUCAGGGAUAUCCUCAUUUGUGUGCAGACGAGUGUAUGAUAUUGAGAGCAAGCGUUUAUGGUGGUUAACAGAUCAAGACUACAUUAACGAACGACAAGAAGAAGUAGACCAGUUAUUAGAUAAGACAAAGAUAGAAAUGUAUGGAGCAGUGCAGAGUGGAGGUCGAUCUCCAAAACCUUUGAAUGGUCCAAAUGGGACAGCACAAUUAAAACCUAGUUCAGAUAAUGUACAGAAUAGUUCGUCCUCUAUUUCGUCACAUGCGAAAAGUAAAAAGAGAGAACAUAGCGUUCACAAUUCAGACUCUGUCAAGCGUGAGCGCUUAUCUAAAGUAGAUGAUGCAGAUUCUGGUCAACUUAGAUCAGAACACAUAAUAAAGACCGAGAUUGCUAAGAUUACCGAUAAAGGAGGAUUGGUAGAUUUUGGAGGGGUUGAAAAACUAAUACAGCUCAUGCGACCUGAGAGUGCCGAGAAAAAACUGGACUUGGCUUGCCGAGCAAUGCUUGUUGAUGUAAUAUCGGGUACUGAAAGGUUUGAUUGCCUAGGUCGGUUUGUUCAGCUGAGGGGAUUAUCUGUUUUGGAUGAAUGGCUUCAAGAGAUUCACAAGGGGAAGAUUGGUGAUGGUAGUCCCAAAGAGAAUGAUAAAUCUGUUGAGGAAUUUCUUUUCUCUUUGCUUCGUGCCCUGGACAGGUUGCCUGUGAACCUUCAUGCCUUACAGACUUGUAAUGUUGGGAAGUCCGUCAAUCACCUACGUAGCCAUAAAAAUUCUGAAAUUCAGAAGAAAGCGAGAAGUCUAGUCAGCACAUGGAAGAGUCGUGUAGAAGCUGAAAUGAAUAUCAUUGAAACAAAGUCUAGUACAAGCCGAGGAGGUUUCUGGCCUAGCAAGUCAAUGAUGUCUGAAGUUUCUCAUAUGGGUAGUAGACGGAUAGGUGGUUCUUCUGAGGUUGCUCCCAAGAGUUCUACAUCACAACCUUCUGCACUGAAAGUUCAACAACCAAAGCAUAACUCCGGUGAAUCUAUCUCCAAAUCACCAACAUCUCCCAGCUCUACGAAAUUGUCGACACUGGCUGCAGCUGGGGGAGGAUCCUCAGAUAUGCCUUCAUCAGCAGCUAAAGAGGGAAGAAGUUGCAGUUCUAGUCAAUCGCCAAAUAAUAGUCAGUCUUGUUCUAGUGAUCAUGGGAAGACUGUGGCUUCCUGCAGGGAAGAUGCUCGGAGCACUGUUGCUGGGUCCUCGAGUGUAAGUAAGAUCUCUGGUAGCAUUUCUCAUAGUAGGAACUCAAGCAAUGGUUUUCACGGAUCUACAAUCCCAGGAGUUCAGAAGGAAGGGAGUCUUGGAAAAAUUGGUUCUGUGAAUCGGAAUGUGGCCUCCGAAAAGGGAUCCCCAACUCGAUAUACAUCCGAGAGAGUAUCUGAUGUGUGUCUUGUAGAUAAUGGCAACAGCCAGAGACUUAUUGUGAGGUUGCCCAACACUGGUCGAAGCCCUGCACGAACAGUCAGUGGGGAAUCUCCUGAAGACUCUUCCACAAUAUCUGGUAAGGCUUCUGUUGUGGUAUCUUCUGAGAAGCAAGAUAACCAUGAUCAGAAGGUAAGUGGAAAAAUUGAUGUUCUACAGGGAAACAAUGUACCAAAUAUGGAUGCGAAUUUGUCUCAGGGAAAAGAUGGAUUGGUUGGCUGUGAUGAAGUUAAGGUGAUGACUGCUGGGUUACCUUAUGAUGAGCGUGGUAGAGUGACUGAAGCAUCUUUAGGCAGUGGUUCUUCAUCUGGGGUUACUCCAAAAUCAGGGAAAUUAUAUGAAGCUUCUUAUAGCUCUAUAAAUGCAUUAGUAGAAAGCUGUGCCAAGUUCUCUGAAGCAAGUGUGUCGCCUUCUUUGGGUGAUGAUAUUGGCAUGAAUCUUCUUGCCAGUGUGGCUGCUGGUGAAAUGUCAAGAUCUGAUGUAUCACCCGCAUGUUCCCCUGAAAGUAAUUCACCUUUACCUGAGGACUCGUGUUCUGCGAAUGUUGCUAAGUUGAGGCGCGAAGAUAAUAUCAGUGUGGCAAAUGGUCAUACAAUGGUGGAGCAGAUUAGUUCUGUUGACUCSUUGUCUACAAAAAGUAGACCKCCGCAGCARACKCCRCCUKUUAYGACCCACAUUUCUGGAGAYAGUAAAGAUGCAUCAUUUGGYUGUGAGUUGAARAYCCWKGAGGAURAUWUAMGAUUGGAUUCACCYGUURUAGAWUYGCCGCAAAAUGGCAAUGCUGUUGUUAUKGCYCCAGWGGUAAAGCCUGCUGGUUUGAURGAAGAUGAAAUAAAUGGUUGUAAAGAGGGAGAUGGAGCUGUUCAGUCUGAAGRUCAWMGGAAAUUCUCUCCWAAUUGGUCACGAAGUGUUAAUUUCUCAAAUAUGAAACCUAAYAGCGGAAGUMCAUCWUCAGAUGAAGACAAGAAUGCKGGAYGUGCUGAUGAUAAAGCRGCAAAAAAURRYGWUGUUCUKCCGGRCGCAGCUGCUACWAGUKCMAAGAUUGAGACACAGRKYAAUGAAGAAUCAGCUUCUUGGUCMUCUUCAGAUAUGCAUGYRRAUGAUAAGAARUUWGYCCACAAACAAYCAAGCARCWGCAACUUAGYAUUGCYAGAAGAACUCCRUGGCAGRCURAARGKUGAGAAYWCWACAGUAGCCACCMCUUCUUGUGGUGAUGUUGAUUUAGUACCGAAAUAUGAAGUGGCUGAUGACAAAAAGGCAGUGAUUCAAGCUGGACAGAUCGAGCGACAAAAUAUGGAUUCUGGCGCAUCAGUUCAGCGCAGUAUUGAACGUACCGAUGAACCCCUUGGUCGUAAUCCUGGUGUUUCAGUGCCCACUGACAAACCUCCUGCAAUUGCAAUUCAAGAAUUAAGAUCGUGUGAAAAGCCUACGGAUGUAGCAGAUAUGGCUGUGAAGUUGGAUUUCGAUCUGAAUGAGGUUCUUCCCAACGAUGAUGGGAUUCAAGGAGAGGUUGAAAGGUCUUCCAUUUCGGGAGGUUUGGCUGCCAUCCACUCACCUAGCCCUUUACCUUCUAAUAAUGGCAAUCGGUCUUCUUUGAUUACUGUAGCUGCUGCCGCCAAAGGACCUUUUUGUUCUUCAGAGAACCUCUCAAGAGGUAAGGCUGAGCUCGGUUGGAAAGGGUCUGCUGCCACCAGCGCAUUUCGUCCAGCAGAGCCUCGAAAGRCAUCAGAUGUUCCGSUUYCUGAUAAUCAUAGCAGUAAACAGGCUCGYCCGCUUUUAGAYUUUGACCUGAAUGUUGGGGUUGUCGAKGAUGCUGGCCAAAACAAUCGUGCUCUUAACGGAGGGGGGCUUGAUCUUGAUCUGAAUGCAUSUGAAGAGAGUYCGGAUGUUGUGCRGYURUCKGUUUUCARCAGUGGUAGGCCUGGYRGCAUWGAGCAAUURCCKCCAAGRUCACUUCAKUCUCGUGGGUUUUUWAACUCCGAACCMAAUUURUCACGGGGGUUUGACCUGAAYAAYGGACCYGGYGUGGAWGAAGYUGGCKGUGAAUCAGUAUCRUUUUCCAAAAAUGGUAUGCAGUUUUUGCCGGCUGUUCCGAAUGUCAGAAUGAACAAUAUGGAUAUCGGUAACUUCUCACCUUGGUUUCCGCCAAACAAUGCCUACCCGGCAAUCACAAUCCCGWCAAUUCUUCCGGGUMGAGGRGAUCCGAGUUAUCCSGUUKCUCCUGCUGCGGUUMCRCAAAGAAUGUUGACUCCCGUGACSGCUASUACCUCACUUAAUCCCGAAUUAUUCCGGGGUGGUCCGGUGUURUCAUCCUCUCCUGCAGUYGCAUUUCCGUCAACCRUGCCAUUUCAGUAUUCAGCAUUCCCAUUUGAAACAAAUUUCUCGCUACCGUCAAUUUCAAAUACGUUUUCUGCWGUCWCAACGGCCUAUGUGGAUUCUUCAUCAUCCGGUGGGACCCUUUGUUUCCCAACCAUUCCGUCACAAACGCAGCUGGUCGGACCUAAUGGUGUGGUUUCUAUGCCUUAUAGGCCAUACUUCAUGAGCCUGCCUGGUGGUGGUUCGAGUAACGUUGGUCCUGAUGGUCGAAAAUGGGGAAGCCAGGGUCUAGAUCUUAAUACUGGCCCCGGAGGUGGUGCGGACGAUAAGUUGGGUUCUGGAUUAAGACCGAUGCCUCUUGCUGGUUCUCAAACUAUGGACGACGAACAGUUAAAGUUGUUUCAGCAAAUGGCGGCAGGUAGCGGAGUAUCAAAGCGGAAAGAACCCGAUAGCGGAUGGGAUGGAGAUCGGAUUAACUACAAACGUCAUCCGUCAUGGCAGUAGGAACGUGUUCUUGCGUUGCCCGUUUGCAGGUGAUGUUUCGGAGACCUCCGUUUGGUGGCCGAAGCGGUUUGUGGGUUUGGAGAAAAAAAUAUGCCCCCCAUCUUGUUUACGAGACCUUUCCUUAUGUAUCGUGGGGGUGUGUUAUGAAAGCAUUGCGUUGUUGGUUGAAAUAGUUAUCGAUGUUUUAACUUGUUGAAAAGCAUUUGCCCACCCGAAACAAACCAGGGAAUUGGUUUCAACAAAUAUAUAUGUAGAUUGCCAGUUCUUCUGGGUUUUAGUUUUAUUAAAUUUUAUUCCCUUCCUUACACUGUCGUUUGUUUAUAUUCACGCGUUUGGUACGUAGAUAGGAUUGUACAGUACUGAACGAGGUUGGACUGGACUUGGCUGACGAGAGUGAGGUAAACAAAUGAAAGAAUUGUGGAAGGAUUUAAGGUUUUAGUUUGAUAUGGGUUGUUUAGUAAUUUUACUCAUCUUAGUCU